AUGAUGACAGCUCGCUGGCUCUUGUGGCUGCCCCUGGCGACCGCCGCGUCGCCGGUGCCGGACCCCGAGGUCGGCGCCAUCGUCGACCAGGUCGCGCGGCAGUUCGCCGAGGCCAACGGUCGGGGGUUCGAGGGCUGGGAGCCGAAGCUGCUCAAGGAAGCGGCGAGGAACUACCACGCGAAGAUCACGCCCAUGGCCAUGCCCUGGCCCGUGGACCAGGACACGGCGGAGACCUUCGUGCCGCCGGAGGGCGUCGAACCGCGCGUGCCGAACAUCGCGCACUGGGCCUGGCGGUCCGGCGACGCCGACUGGACGAUGGCGCUGUCCGUCGUCAUGGCCAGGGUCGUGCAGCGCGCGGAGACGCUCUACCUGCACACGGGCCCGCUCGGCGACGGCGACUGGAGCUACACGAGCCCGCGGACGGCGGCGGGCGCCGAGGCGCUGAAAUGCAUCCGGGCCGCCGGCGCGACGGAGUACGCGCACGACGCGGACCCGACGCCCGACCCGAGCGGGCGCCACCCCUGGGCCGAGGUCAUGCACCACAAGCCGGGCCACGACUUCAGCAAGCAGACCUUCGCGCACGUCUCCGACGUCAUGCGCCUCUACACGAUCCUAAAGCACGGCGGCAUCUACCUCGACCGCGACGCGCAGGGCAGGACAAGGGUGAUUCAACGCGACGCGUUCCUCCACAAGCGCGUGGACCACUACCGGUGGAAGUACGACGCCGUGCUGGGCCUGGAGAUGCAGAACUUCGAGCGGGACCACGCGGCGAACUUCGGGUGCAUCAUGGCGGCGCCGAACGCGUCCUACUUCCGCUACUUCUGGGACGGCGCCGGCGACCCGUCGUACGUCGACCUGUCGUACCGCGUCACGUGGGGCGGCUGGGCCCACGACUCCUGCCGCAAGUCCUACGCGCUGGCCAUCAAGCGGCCGGACCUCGUCCACAUGGAGGCGCGGCUCCUCCAGUACCCGUUCCCGGGCCACGGGCCCGCGCGCGGCAACCAGGUCACGGACGAGCUCCUCGCGCUCACGGAGAAGGCCGAGGUCUGCCACAUGAGCGGCUUCAUGUGGCACGGCGGCCGCACGCAGCAGCUGACCAUGAAGCCGAGCAUCUGGGGCAGGGUCAUGUGGCCCAACGUGCUCAGGGCCGCGGCCGCGGCGCCGCGCCUCGACGCGGACCUCCUGGGCUGCGUGUCCUGGCUCGGCGAGAAGCUCGUGAUCUUCUCCGUGCCGUCGGCCUGCUUGAUCGUGCCCGUCGUGAUGCACGUCUCGCUGUCGAUGAACCAGAGCUCCGUCUCGUUGAAGGCGCCGCUGUCGAGCUUCUGCUUCUCGAGGAUGAGCCGCUGCUCCGUGUCGAAGCGGAUGAGCUUGUUCGGGUUGUGCUCCCGGUCGCCGCCGCCGCGCGACGGCGCCGCCGCCGAGGAGACGAAGGACGUCGGCGACGCCGGCGGCGUCGGCGACCGCCUCGACGGCGCGCUCGACCGGUCCCUGGCGCUGCGCCGCGGCGAGGCGCACCGGGGCCGCAAGGGCGAGCACGGCCGCCGCGAGCCGCCGCCUGACGCGGCGGGCGCGGAGCCGCACCGCGUCGCGGACGGGCGGCCGACGACCGGCCGCGACGCGAUGAAGCCCUCGGUCUUCGAGGCGCGGUCCAUCCCCUUCGUGCUCCGCAAGCUCCACGCCUUCGUCCUCGCGCCCGCGCCGUCCGGCGGCGGCGUCGUCGUCCGGUGCUUCAUCGAGCGGAACCGGAGCGGCCGCCACGCGCUCUUCCCGCUCUACAAGCUCUACGCGGACCACGAGGACGGCACGGGCCGCCUCCUCGUCGCCGCGCGCAAGCUCCCGGGCAACGGCACGUCCCACUACGCGUUCUCGACGUCGCCCGCGGACCUCUACAAGGCGCGCGGGAACCGGAGCCGCCACUACCUCGGCAAGCUCCGGGCCAACGGCGCGACGUCGGAGUACACGCUCUUCUCCGCGGGCGACAAGCCACCGGCGGGCGCGGCCGGGGCCGGCGCGCGGCCGCCGCGCGGCGACCCGCCCGGCGACGCGCGGUGCGAGAUGGCCGCCGUCGCCUUCAGCUCGAAGCGGUCCGCGCCGACGAACCCGCGGCGCAUGGAGGUCGCCGUGCCCCAGACGCGGUGGCGCCCGCGGAACGCCGACGACGGGCCGAGGCACGACGACGACCUCGACGACGGCGUCGUCGCCGUCGCGUCGUUCCGGCCCGCGCGCGACCAGGACUCGCUCUGCCACACGCUGAACCUGGCCCAGGGCCAGGGCGCGCAGAACGUGCUCCACGCGGACCGCAUCGCCGUGCUCCACAUGCGCGAGUCCAAGUACGACCCGCUGUCGUCGUGCCUCGUCGACUUCAAGGCCCGCGCGAACAUGGCGUCCGUCAAGAACUUCCAGCUCGUCAAGUCGUCGCCCGUCGAGGACCACAUGAAGAAGGAGUACUUCGCGCCGGGCGGCGAGGGCGCGCGCGAGAACCCGAACCCGGACGCGGCCCAGCCCAUCAUCCUCCAGAUGGGCAAGGUCGGCAAGAACUGCUUCAACAUGGACUACCAGUUCCCCAUGUCCAUGCUCCAGGCCUUCGCCACCUGCAUCGCGCGCUUCGACACGCGCGUCGCGACCUAG